UUAUUUACCACAAUUUGUAUAAAAAUGUUGCUUAGGCAACCGGCAAACCUUUAUAAAUCCAUUAUUGGAACCCGACGCAGCCUCAGCACGAGUCUGCCCGCGGGCCAAUCCUUCCGGAAAUGGUACCAGCAACUGUGGACAACGGAGCGCACCAAUCUGCCGCCCUACAGCCAUUUUACACAAAUCGGAGAUCCUGUGCUGCGGCAACAGGCGGCUGCAGUGCCAGUUGAGCUCAUUGAGAGCCCCGAAAUCGAAGCCAUUGUUGAGCAAAUGGUCAAGGUGCUCCGGAAGUACAAUUGUGUGGGCAUAGCUGCGCCACAGAUUGGCGUUUCCCUCAGAAUCAUAGCAAUGGAGUUCAAAAAGAGCCUGCAGAAGGAGAUGCCAGAGGCGGUGUACCAGUCGCGACAAAUGUCAGAGCUGCCACUGACUGUGCUAAUCAAUCCUGUAUUAACGGUGACAAAUUAUGCGAAACUGAAACAUCCCGAGGGCUGCAUGAGUGUCCGCGGGUUCUCCGCCGAUGUGGAGCGCUUCGAGGGCGUAAAACUAAGCGGCCUGGACACGAGUAGCAAGCAAAAAGAUCACGAAUUUAGUGGCUGGAACGCUCGCAUUGCUCAGCACGAGAUGGAUCACUUGGACGGGAAACUGUACACCGAUCAAAUGGAUCGUUCGACCUUCUCCUGCACCUGCUGGGAGGCCGUGAACACCAAGUCCGGACGUGUGGAGAUUCCCUUUUACAAAUAGUUGAUGGCAUUAUUGUUGUUUUAAUUGACUGAAAUAUUGUUAUUGUUUUUGAAGAAAAGUCCAUGCGAUCGCUUUAAUCUUCCAAUUUGGAGGACGCAAACUUGA